CUUAUAUUGAAAUUUAACUGUGGCUUUUGAUCAGAAUCUUUUCUUAGGAAGUGAAACCUUUCAUUUUUAGACAGAUAGUAGUAAUAUUUUCGUGAUGAAUAUUUCAGAAAAUGACUAGCACUGAAUCAUCAUAAUCAACGAACUGAGUUAUCGUGUAAAUAAACCCAGGAAGUAGAGGAGGGCUGCUGCUCCAGAUCACUUUUAUUGUUAUUUGGGGCAGUUUUUUGAAGGUAAAAUCACAACAUGUCAGCUCCCCCGCCAUACACCCCAGGACAACAGGGCUACCAACAGGGAUCCCAACAGGGAUACCAACAGGUGCCUCAGGGUUACCAGCAGGGCCCACCUCCAAUCACGAAUGCUCCCGGCACAGGAUACAUGCCAAGUUACCAGAGUGGAGCCCCACCAAGAUACCAAACCAUUCCGGCACCACCAGCUUCAACCACAUAUGUUUAUGUUCGAGGGAACUGCCCCGCUUGCCAGACAGGAACACUUCAGGAUGAGUACACUGGUCUGGGAAUUUGCUUAGCCAUCUUCUUCUUCCCCCUUGGCGUCCUCUGUUGUCUUUUGCUCACUGAAAAGCGAUGCACCCACUGUGGAAUGAGAUACUCCUGAGUGACACUUUAAACAAGGAAUAUUUUCUCAAUGGUUCAUGUAUUUUGUGUUUAACACAGAUUUACGCAGUCUAGUACAAAUCUAGGCAAAUAGUUAUUAAAUAGCUUUAGAAUAAGACAGUGGAUUCUGAAUUUCAAGUUAGAGACAGAGAUUUUGUUAAUAAUACUUCUUACUAGUACCUCUGUGGUCCCUGUGUUGUCUGACGACAGGGGAUUGAUUUAAAACUUUGCAGCUUGGACAUGAGAUGUGGGGGCAGAUCAAGAGAGGUUUUCAGCCUCAGCUUAUCUUGAAGUAUUUUGCUAUGUGUGAGAACAAGCUCUGGUACACAGUAGUUCAGUUGUUUAAUAUGUUUUAUUCCAAGGGCAAAUGACAAUUACAAGAUUGUUAUUGACUAUAUUGUGUCAAUGAAGUAUAAAAUGUUUUUCAUGUUUGCUCUUUAUUUAACCACCCCUACCUGAUAAGGGAGUAAGAGGUAACAGGAUGUGCCUUGCAGCAUACAAAAAAAAAACUAUCUUAGGCUAGGGAGAAGACGUAGAGUCUUAUAAUAUUAUUAAGCAGUAGCUGGGGUCUUCUAUAUCUUAAAUUUUUAUAUGGAUUUCUAAUUAAUUUUAUUAGACAGUAUUUAUGUCUUAAAAUAAUUUCUCAUGUAUUUAAUGCCAAGCCAUAUAUAAUUUGCUUUGCAUGUACUUUAAUUACAUGGCAGUCAUAUUAAAUAGAGCUAGAAAAUUGUCAUACUUUUAAAUUGUUUUGUGUUGUAAUGCAAAGCAAACUGUAUUUAUUAGUUGACUUGUUAUUAACUGUUAAUUGUAAUCUGGUCUGUAAAAUUAUUUUAUCCAGGGCCUGACCAGUUGUAAAUUAAUAAAUGUGGUACGAAACUUAAGUUUUCAAACCUC